AUGCUAAAUCUUCAUCAAAAAAUAAGAAUCAUCCUUGAUGUCGCUUCUGCCCUUGAUUCUCUUCACAAUCAUUGCCUACCAACCAUCGUUCAUUGUGACCUGAAGCCUAGCAACAUUAUGUUGGAUGAUGAUAUGUUGAACCAUGUGGGAAACUUCGAUUCAACUCAAUUUCUUGGAAAAAAUUCAAACCAACACAUGACAAGUGGCAGUAGAGGAACAAUUAGGUAUGCACCUCCAGAGUAUGGUGUUGGGAGUGUGAUAACAAGUAGUGGGGAUGUCUAUAGUUUUGGAAUACUGUUGUUCGAGCCACUCCCAAAGUCGGCGAAGCCCCAUCAGCCCCACCUUCACCUUCACCUUCACCCAAAUGUGAUAAGCCAAAAUCGGACCAGUCGAUCUUCAUCCUCCUCUAAUCGCCUCUAUCAAACCCUAGAACUCAAGAAGGAACUGCACAUGGAAUCAUCAACAGCACCACCAUCGCCGUUGGAAUCAUCAACAACACCACAAUCACCACCACCAUCUCAUAUCUCCACUCAACCCUAA